CUCGUCACACACACACACACACACACACACUUGAUAUACUUCUCUUUCUUCCUCUCUAUUGGCCAGUAAUUCCACAAAUCUCCAAACAUUACUUAGUAGUAGGACUGGCCCUCCCCCCUUGAAUCAAUUCAACCAUGUCUUCCGCCAAAGAUAGAUUAUCCGGCCUCUUAGGCCAUCUUAUUCCUUCUUCUUCUUCUUCCGCACCAUCUACAUCCGAUACCCAAGGCCCUUCUACAGACCAGGUACAGAAUAACAAUAACAACAAAGUCAACUUCCACACACUUUCGCCCGCGUAUUUCUUGCAGAGGUCGGCGGCGAUUGAACCGGACGCAGAAGCUAUUUACCACAUCACAUCCGAUGGUCAGGAACUACGACGAAACUACCUCGAAUUUGCGGACCGGGCAAGAGGAUUAGCGUAUUUCUUGAAGAAGCGCGGGUUCAAGAGAGUCGGCAUUCUGUGUCCCAAUACCCCGGCUUUCUUGGAGUCUAUUUUUGGGAUUGGGGCCGCGGGGGCGGUGAAUAUUGCUGUGAACUACCGACUCAAAGAAGAUGAUAUCGCUUAUAUAUUUACGCACUCGGAAGCGGAGGUGAUCAUUGUGGAUAAGGAAUUCCUGCCCUUGCUGCGCGUAUAUAGGGAGGCGAAGCCGGAGACGCCCAUUAUUGUUGAUACGGAUACCGAUGCCGCGGAGGGUCAAUUGUCGGGUCCCUUUGACGAGGCGGUUUUGGAAGGUCUCAAGUACGAUAUAGCUACUGGAAAUAAGGGCUGGGAGGGGCUGCAGGCUCAGGCUGGUUCGGAAGAUGAUGUUGUUGCUUUGGCAUACACGAGUGGGACGACGUCGCGGCCGAAGGGUGUCGAAUAUACAAAUCGGGGUGCCUAUUUGGCAGCUUUGGGGAAUGUGGUUGAGUCUGGGUUGAAUGUGUUCAAUGGUCGUUGUCGGUAUUUGUGGAUCUUGCCGAUGUUUCAUGCUGUUGGUUGGACGUUUCCGUGGGCUGUUACUGCUGCGCGCGGUACGCACUAUUGCCUGCGCAAGGUGGACUAUGGGCAGAUUUGGAAGUUGUUCAAGAAUGAGGGUAUUACCCAUUUUAAUGCGGCUCCUACUGUGAACACGCUGCUUUGCAAUCACCCGGAUGCUGAGCCACUGUCCACGCCGGUUAUCGUCCAGGUAGCGGGUAGUCCGCCUACGCCUCAUCUGUUCGAGCAGAUGACCAGUCUGAAUCUGCGUCCCGUGCACGUCUACGGUAUGACGGAGACGUAUGGUCCUACUACCAGGUGCUAUAUGCUACCCGCAUGGGAUCAAUUACCCCGAGACGAGAAGUUCCGGAGGAUGGCCAGGCAAGGGCAUGGUUUCCUGACCAGUCUGCCAACGCGGGUCAUCAAGACGGAUGUGCCUGAGGGCACUAUUAUCGACGUCAAGCAAGACGGCAAGGAGAUAGGCGAGAUUGCGUUUGUCGGGAACAUCUGUGCUCAAGGUUAUUACAAAGAUGCCGAGGCGACGCGGAAGCUCUUUGCUGGUGGCGUUCUUCAUUCGGGCGAUCUGGCUGUCUGGCAUCCCGAUGGAGCGAUCCAGAUCUUGGACCGAGCCAAAGACAUUAUCAUCAGCGGAGGCGAAAACAUCUCGUCUGUCGCACUGGAAUCCAUGCUGGUGACUCACCCGGACAUUCUGGAGGUGGGCGUGGUGGCGGUGCCUGACACACAUUGGGGAGAGCGACCCAAGGCGUUUGUAACCACGAAGCAAGGUCGGCGCCUGGAGGGGAAAGAGGUGAUUGACUGGGCCCGGAACCAAAGUCAAAUCAGCAAGUUCAUGCUUCCGCGGGAGGUGGAGGUGGUGGCGGAACUGCCCAAGACGAGUACGGGGAAAAUCAGAAAGAAUGUUCUUCGGGACUGGGCGAAAGGGGUACCGCGAUGAACCUAAGCUGAGGGUUGGGUUGGGGUGUGCCCAGGAGAGGGGAAGGAGGGAUGGUGUGAUGGUGUGAUAUAGAAUAGAAACUGCGUGGUGGUUAUUUAUAGGGCUAUAUGUAAGUGAGGUUGUUAUAGACUGGGAGGGGGACUAGCUAUCACGGUCCGUGUACUUUCCGUUGUUCUUGAAUAGCAUAGAC